GGGCUUAUGUCAUUUACCCUCUACCAUAUUUAUCCCUACCUAUAAUAUACCUUAAAAUUCUAAAUAAACCUGGGUCAUCAAGGUUAAUAGCUAAAAAUUUCUCUUUGAGCUUCAAAUUUAGAUGUGAAAACAUGUCAUUGGCACUUAGAGACAACUGGAUUAUAAUAGGAGUGUCAGGAGUCACUUGCGGUGGAAAAACAACGUUGGCAAACAAGUUGAAGGAUACACUCUCACCAGUGUACCUCUUCCAUCAAGACAAAUACUUCUAUCCAGAUGACAGUCCUCAUCAUGUAAAAUGUAAAAACUUAGACCAUAAUAAUUAUGAUAUUCUGCCGUCAUUGAACAUGCCGUUGAUGUAUGAUGAUAUUGUUAAGACCAUUAAUGGGGACAAUAAAGCACAUGCACAUAAUCUGGAAAGAUCCCAUGGGAAAUUGGAAGUGGAAGGGAAGAAAUUUAUGAUUCUAGAGGGGUUCACAGUCUUGAACUACAAGCCUAUUAAUGAAAUUUGUCAUUUGAGGUACUAUUUUGUAUUGGAGUAUGUAGAGUGUUUGAACCGCCGAGUGUAUCGUUUGUACGAUCCACCUGAUAUUGAUGGCUACUUUGACCAAUGUGUAUGGCCCGAACAUCUCAAAUACAGAGCUGAGAUCGAAAAAGACGCGCGUGUUUCAAUCAUACACGGAACAAGACAAGAUUCUUUUGAUAUCGUUAUAUCGGACAUCAAGUCAAUGGGGACUGCGAAAAUAUUAUGAUAUGAUAUGGUAUGAUAUGGAGCUUGGUAGAUUUAUGUAAUUCACAAAAUAAAGUGCUGCUGUUACACACAGCUGAUGCUUGAGCACAGUUCAAAUGUAUUUUACUGAAGGUAUUAUUACAAUUUAUAUCUUAUAAACUAAAUUUUAAUCAUAGACUUCUUAAGGUCAUUGAACUACCAGAUAGUCGUCAUUGGUGCGACAUUACACCCUUCGCGAGGUGACCAUACGCUACUGACCUUUACAGCAGAAUUGAAUUGAAUAUUUUCAUAAAACUACCUGUUCUUACAAGGUUUGAGAGUUAAUUCAAUGACAAAAAUACGACGUAAAAGGUCUGUGGUAGUUCAUAAAUAUUCUGGGAAACAUCAAUCAAUCAUUUGUUUAGAUUUUAAAUUUAAUAUAUUUAGGCACAUAAAGAUUUGCAUUGCAUAAUCCCAUCGUUAUGGGGCGGAUAUCUAGUUCACUCGGGAUUUAGCGCUUGAUUAUUUUAAUCUAAAGAAUAGGUAGAUUAUGACUAUUACUUUUUAAAUUGGAUUUGUCAUAAAAGUGUUCUGAAAAUUAAUCAUGUUAUUUAGAUACAUAGUUCUUGUUGUUAAUUGAUUAUUGUAAGAAACAAACUUUUGACUUUGAAUUCAUCUUUGAUGAAUUAGCUUAAUUAAAGUAGUAAAACCAAAAACACGGUCGCAUUUAUAAAAACAUCAAAAUGUAACUUAAAAUAAGAUUAAAUGUGUUUGAUCCAUGUGUUCAGUUUAUAUAGCAUGCAGUAUUUUUGUAAAUUCUUAUGUUGUAAUUUAAAUAAUAAUGUCGCUAUUCGUGCUA